UCUGUUCGGGUGCCCUGGCUCAACAAUUGAAACCAAAUCAGGAGGAUCCAUGUAAAGUGAAAGGACGUGUGGUCGGUGAUGUCACCUAUUGUGAUCGCUAUUGGGAAUGUGUCAACAAUCAACCGGAAUUGUACGAUUGUCCAAAUGGUUUGGUAUUUGCUGGCAAACAUCGUGGUGUAACGGAAGGCUGUGAUUAUCCAUGGCGUGCCAACUAUUGUGAGGACAAACAAAUGGCGAAUGGUCCAAUUUCAACGGAACACUGCGACUGGUUGUAUGGUAUAUUUGGUCAUGAAACAUCGUGUACACGUUAUUGGACUUGUUGGAAUGGCACUGCCACCGAACAGCUAUGCAUUGGCGGUCUGCUCUACAAUGAGAAUGCCCACAGCUGUGAUUGGCCUGAAAAUGUCGAUGGCUGCCAGAAACAUCCUCUCUGCAAUGAUGACCCCAACGGUAAUGUUCCUCUGGGCAAAUCCUGCAAUCGUUAUUGGCAAUGCCAGGGCGGUUAUCCACGCUUGCAACGUUGCCCGGCUAUGCUUGUUUUCGAUAGGCAUUCAUUGCGCUGUGUUGUGCCACCAACAGAAGAAUGCGAUAUCCCGACAACACCCGCACCAUUUGAUGGCGAUGGCGAGAAUAACAAUGUCAGCGGUGGUGGCCAACUGGCGAAAGAUGAACACGAGCGUAAGUUGGCCAAUGAAGGUGUACCACCACUACCAUUGCAGGGAAAAAAUUUCCAAAGAGCCAGAAAUUAAAUUCACAGAAAA